UCUCGAGAUUUCACCUAUUUUUUUUUCCCUCUGGAGAACAAAAAUUUCGAGGGAAAACGAAAUCGUUCUUCUUCUUCUUGGAAGUGAAAAUCAAAGAAAGAAAGGAAAAAAAGGUCUGAGAUUUUUCUGUAAGGUUAGGGUUCGCGGGAAGAAGAUGAGGACGAAGAAUCGCCGCGGCGGAAGGUCGAAGCCUUCCCGGCGUUCCUCCGCCGCUUCUACUCCGUCGUCUACGGCGUCUCCCUCCGUCACCGACCGGGACGCGCCCAAUGCAGAAGAUAACAUUCUGAAUGAGGCAUCAGCGAAUGAGACGCAGGAUGUGUCAAACGAGGUAGAUUGCUUUCGGAAGGACACUUGUAUUAGAUGUGAUGAGAGCGGAGGCUUAUUGGUGUGUACUGAAAUUGGCUGUCCAAUUGCUCUUCAUGAGUACUGUAUGUCGUGUGAACCGACGUUCGACGAAGAGGGGCGCUUCUACUGUCCUUAUUGUUCCUAUAAGAAAGCUCUGGUACGGGCGAAUGAGUUGAGGAGAAAGGCUAUGGUGGCAAAGAAAGCUUUGUCUGAUUUUAUUGACACCAGGAUGGUUAGUGGUGGCAAUUCGCCGCAGAUAGGAGAGGCAGCUAAGAAGAAAGCAUCUACUUGUGGAGUGGAUGUGAAUCUGCCGGAUCAUGAGAGUCAUCUGGGCAGUGAGAGUCUGGGAGAUCAGGCUGUGCAGGUGGAGCGAAAUCAAAGUAAUGAAGGGGAGGACCAUGAGAAAACAGCAGGAGAUGCUCGAUCGACGGUGGGGGUUAACGCUGAAAAUCACGACAAUCCUAUUGUGUCUAAUGUUAGCAACAGCAUAAAUUCAACUCCUGAAAUUCAGCCUCUUGAGGAUUCUAUGAACGAAGAGGAAACUCGUGAGGCUGAUGCAUCUGGAACUCAUCUGGUUGAAAGUUUGGAAGAUAAAGACGAUGGGAAAAUGAUGGAAGAAGAAACCUUAAGGUUGACAGAUGACAUUCAGAAUGAAGGGAUUGUGAAGGAUCGAGGUCAACCAGAGACUUCAAAUGCACAUAAUGACGAGGAAGAGACUGCUGUAGAUGUCGUUGAUCAUGGGGUUGAACGAGAACCUCAAGACAAUGGUGAUGGUGGAGAACAAAUCCAGCUUGACAAAGAAGGGAUGCUUGAAAAUAUCAAUGUUGGGUCUGGAAAUGGUGAUUUGAAGAAUGAAACAAUUGUGAAGAAAAAGCGCUUUAAAACUAAAGCAAAUAGGAGAAUAGACCUACAGAAUUUUAGUUCUCCUAGAAAGUCAACUCGGAUUCGAACUCCAGAACCUGGGAAAAAUCAUGUAACCAAAAUUGAGAAAGUUUCUGUGCCCAGAAAUUUAAAGCUGCAACCAGUAUCUCCCAACCAGUUUAAAAAGUUGGAUUCUAAUGGCGGCAAGCGGAAGAGAUUGUUUUGGUCUACUGAAGAGGAGGAAAUGUUGAAGGAAGGAGUUCAGAAAUUCUCUACUACAGCAAAUAAAAAUCUUCCUUGGAGGAAGAUUUUGGAAUUCGGUCGUCAUGUAUUUGAUGAUACUCGUACUCCAGUUGAUCUGAAAGAUAAAUGGAGAAAUAUUAUAGCCAAAUAGUCUUGAUAGAUUACAAAAAGGUAACUUCCAUUAUGUCAAUAGACGAGUUAAUUUAUGUUUUGCUAAUCUCUUGUAGGUUCGUAAUUGGUGGGUCUCUAUUAUUUUGCGUGCUUAAAGUUCAGUAUGAACACAUGCCUCAAUGUAGGGGUCCUAGUUAAAACCAAAAACCGAACCAAACCAAUGUCAGACAGCCAGUUCAGUUUGGGCUCAGAGUUGGUGGCAGUUUUUUUUCCCUUGUAGAAACAUCAAUUAUUGUCGGUUGGCUCGGUCUGGCCUGGACAAAAUCAAACCAUAAAUCGAGUUGAUCGAUUAUAUAACUAAAAGAAGCCCAAGACUUCUGUCCAGUGUCCCUCUCCCACCUCCAAUCGCGCGCUCUGCGUACGCGCUGCACCCUGCCCUCGCUUUACAUCGUGGUUUUCUCUCCCUCUUCCUAGCCCUAGACUUCUCUCCCUCCCAUUUUCCGCAGUUUUCCUUCAUCUUUGCCUCUGCCUCCACCAAAGAGUUCUCUUCCCCUUCCUUUGCCCUUUACAGAUCUCCAUUAGUUCAGCCUUAGUUUUUUUGGGAGAUCUUGAUGGAAGAACUCUGGGGAAUGCCAAAAUUUGUCCACGUUCAUGCAGUUCCUGUAAAAUUGGUUGGUGAAGUUCUCCAUUUUGGCCUGCUAACGAAGGUUGGUUUUGACAGUGCAAAGCCAUUGUUGGCAGCCCUUUCAUGGAGGAAAAGCACGUCGGAGUAGAGGCUUGUUCGAUGGCGGUAGUUUUUUUUGUAAGUAAUGUUGUAACAAAUUGCAUUGAUGUAAAUGUAGAUUUCUUAAUUCAUGCUGUUUCCAAA